AUGUCGGCUUCGCGAGCGAGACACCACCUGACCAUCGCCGACAAGAACCGGCUGCGGCGCCACCACCGCGAGCACCCGGAGCUGACGCAGGAGCAGCUGCGCGAGUGGGCGUAUGCGGCGUUCGGGCAGUGGGUGGCGCGCUCCACCGUGGGCCACAUCGUGCGCGCGCCCGAGGAGGUGUGCGCCAACCCGGAGGCCACGCGCUUCCAGAGCGGCCGCUACCCGGACAUGGAGCAGGAGCUGUACGCGCUGAUCGCGGCGCGCGGCGCGCAGCUGGGCGUGGACAUCAAGCGGCUGGACGCGCCCGUGCUGAGCGACUCGGAGCUCUGGGCCAAGGCCAACGAGAUCCUCAAGCGCACGCGCGGCAGCCACGAGGGCGUGUCGGUGGCCUGGGUGCACCGCUUCAAGAAGAGGCACGGGCUGCACCGCUCGCAGUUGAAGAGGGCGGCCGGCAGUGCCGGUAUUGCUCCAAAUACUGAAACUACCGUCACAAUAAAUACUCGUGUAAGUUCUGCCGGUGUAGCGCCGACAGUGCCGGCGGUGCCGUCCGUUGCCGCCGCUGCUGCCGGUAACCGGUCACACUUUGUGUCGUCGGAGGAUAUCCUGCUGCUGACGCGGGUGCUGGCCGUCAAGCCGUGGACGUUCCCGUACGCGAUGGACGGGUGGCAGCAGGUGGUGGAGAAGCUGCGCGGGGACGGCAACUUCCGGCUGGAGAAGACGGCGGGCGCGUGCCAGGCCAGAGUGAACCUGCUGCUGGGCCACAUGAAGGCGGGCAACACGGCGGCGCUGCGCAAGUCGGGCACGGAGGACGAGUUCGACCGCAAGUGCGCGUUGCUCAGCGAGGUGUCGUCUCAGAUGGAGUCGCAUGGAGGAGGAGGGGUGCAAACAGCUGAGAACGCUUCGUCGGUCUCAGCGGUGGCAGCAGCACCCGUGGCGGUACAGGACGCGGUCAGCAGUGUCGAGAUCCCCAACCUGGCUCAGGAGCGCGAGCGAAUGGCUCAACGCCGGCUGGAGCUGAUGGAGCGCAAGUUAGAGCGGGAACUGGCCGCCCAGAAGCGCCACUCGGAGGAGCAGGUUAGUCGACUGGAGAAACUUCAUCACGAACAGCAAAAGAUCCAGCAGGAGCAGCACACGCAGCUUCUUGCUACGAUCCAGCAGCAGCAGGCGAUGAUGUUCGAGCUGAUCAAGUCGUUAGCUCCAGCCCCUGCUCCAACGAGCAGGCAGUCGCAGUCGCUGUAA